AUGUCUGUUGAACCGAAAAAUGAAUCAAAGUCGAAGGAUCUGACUAAAAUGGAGACGUUGCAUCUGGAUCGAUGGCCUCAAAGCCCGCGUAAGUUUUACAUUUAUUUUUGUUUUACAUUUAGAUGGACAUGGGGAUUAUGAUUUAACAUUUUGCUACAAAAUUGUUUCACACAGAGGCAUUUUAGGCCAAUUUAUUGUGAACUUGGUACUUUUACUAAAAGUAGUAAUACUUUUGAAUAAAUUGCUUAAUUUGUUGCUGCGAAUUGUGAUUAACAACUUUUACGAUUUAAAGUUUUUGAAAUUUGUUGAUUUUUAGGUGUGAUGAUAAAAGCCAGAGUGAUAUACUUACUACGGUAUCUUGGCUCAGCACCAGCUGAUAUGUCACCGACUAAGGAUGAAUUCCAAGAAGCUGUGGAAUAUGUUCGAAGGGCUAAUAAUGUAAGUUAUUUUCGUUUUCUUGAUUUAAAAUUUUAGGUAAAAUGAGCACUCGCUAAUAGUACUCCAAAUAUAACAAAAUCCUAUCACAACAAACGAUUUUUCAAUCACCUUGCGUUUGUUAUAUCGUAUAUGGUAUAAAGUGUAAAUCAGUUACAAACUCUAAGGUGAAAAAAUUUACGAUAAUUUUUUCAGUUAUAUGGUAAAGUAUCGUACAAAAAGCUACAAAAGGUACGAUUGGAAAUCUCAGCACAUUGCAUAAACAUCAUUGAGGACAAAAGCGGAAUGGUUUUAAACCACUCUGACUUGGCUAACGUUGCCAAAUGUGGUGGGAAAAAGAGCUCGGUAAGGGACACUUGACCAUUUUUAUCAGUUUGUCCAAGUAUGGAUAAGCCAAAAAGUUUGACCUAAAAAGUUUGUAAGACUUAUUUUAGAAAAUUUUUACCUUAUUUUGAGUUUUUUUUGUCUUUUUAUAGGUUAUAGUAUUUUGAUAUUGGGCUUAAGUUUAUAGAAUUGCUUAUAAAUGUAUGAUAUGUACAGUAGGUAAUAAAAUUGCGAUUUUUAGGACUUGGAACGAGAAUUCUUUGUAUAUAUUGCUCGAGUUGCUGGUAAAUUUGAAGCUCAUGUGUUCUUAUCAACUUACUCAUAUCGAACUAUUACUUCGACUAUUCAAGAAGCCUUUGAAAUUUAUUAUUACGUAAGUCAUCAUUAACAUAUAUUAUUAAAUAGUACUAACAUUUUUGGGAUAAUCUUUGUUACAAAGAGUUAUCUUUCUUAUAUACAUUAUAGUUACUUCCUUGUAAACGUAUUUUAAAGAGUGAUUUUUAUUUCGAUUAGUUUUUUAAUCCAAGUCAUUUUAGCUCAAAACAAAACCAGAAGAAGAGAUAUAUCAAAGUAAAGCUGAGUUAUGUUCAGAAAGAAAUUUAUUGGAGGAAGAGAACCGUAGGCUACGGAAACGAGUUGAAGAACUGGAGAAAAUGAUGGGAGUAGUAAGUUAUUACAUUUAUUUUAGGCUUUUAUGAUAAAAAAAUUUUUUUUUGGUAAUAGAAAACUUUAAACUUUUGAGUAAAAUCUAAAAUUCACGAUCUUAACUACAGUAAAUUUUAUGUCUUUACGAUUUUUUGAGUAAAACUAAUUUUUUCUAAUGAAUAUUGUUGUUUCAGAAAGGAAACUUCUAUCAACUCUUCCCAAAAGCCGAUGAAAAUAGUCCUCAAAACUACUUUAAUUCAUUGCCAAAGGGAAUGGUAAAUAUAUUGAUGUUUUAGAGACAUUUUUGUGUUUGAAAGCUUGGAAGUUUAUAUUAUAGUAGACAAACGUGAAAAGAAACUCCAAAAAAUACCAUUUAUAUGACUUGUUUUUUUUAAAUUUGGUUUAAUUUGAAAUAGGGCUACCAUGACUACAUGAUUUUCGGGUAUAUGGUAUAAAAUGUCAUAUAUUAGGUUGUUCCAAUAUUUAUUUGCUUCCUUCAUAGCAAAUUUUUGGUGUGAGGAGGCAAUUAAUUAUUUGAACAACAAAAAUAUUAUUAUAAGUUUAGGAUCAGAUAUAUUAAAAUUUGUUUGAUUUGCUUUAAAAUUAUUCUUUCUAGGUAGAAAAACCCCCUCCCCCACCAACCCAUCCAGUCCCUACCCCUCCAGACCUUAUGUCAAUGUCCCUCGACGAAACUCCAGGUCCAUCAGGCCUAAAUAACAGUAGUACUUCUGCUUUGGACAACUCCAACAACAAACUGACUAACUCAUCGGAAAUUGAAAACAAUUACUCAUCAACUCCGAAACGCUUGAUUAAAGAAUUGAAAGCCAAGUUUAACAAAGACUCGGUCCUAAUGGUACCAAGCAACGGAAGCUCGAGUAGUGAUUAUGGUGAAGUGAUUCAAUGUAAAAAACAACCAGAACAUGUGGAGGACAAGAUAUACGAAGAGAUUGGGGAGUAUUACGAUUCGACUUAUCUGAUACCUAAAAGAAAGGACAAGAUUUGA